GCCUGCUGCGAUCUUUUAUCAAAUGAGUGCCUCAGUUCGCAAGACGCCGCCAUGGCCUUCGGUGUCGUGACGCGCACUGCCCUCGCCUGCUACAUGUGCGCCGCCCUUUUCAGCUUCUGCAUCCCAGCAGUGUCUGGAGCACGGCCUUGGGUGGUGGAACUGCUGGAGGACAAGACCACAACGUCCAGAAGUCCAAACAUAACGACUGAAACUCCCAGCACGACGACUCCCAUGCCACCAACCGCAGAGUCUAUGCUUUGGUCCCACUCUGGGAGUAACUCUAAGAAGCAUCAACUCCACACAUCCAUGACCCCGCAAUCAGCACCGAAGAACAACACUGUCAAUAAGAUCCCCACCAGCGAAGUGCCACUGCCAUCCAUCGCACCAGCUGCUGCUCAAAUGGAGUCUCAACUCUUUCCAUCCAUUCAACCUCAACUCCUAGGAGCCCUUAAACCUGAAAUGUUACCAUAAUAAUAGGUAAUAAUAGGUAACCUGACUCUUAUGUCGAUACUGGCAGUGCGCACCCCUCAAUGUAAGAAUACUGAAGGGGAUCAUGUAUUUGCCUCCCAUGUCAUAAGCACCUCCAGUGUUAUAAAUGUUCUUCUCCACCUCGACUGCAGCUGUCCGUAUUUCUUUGGAAACUAUCUUAUCUAUCAGUGGCCAAUAAUCGAACGAUUCAAGGCACUUCAAAGCCGAAAUGGGGUACUGAAGAGUUGACACCAGCGCCAGUGGCCCAGAGGGGCGAGAAACGUUCUCCAACAUACAUCUGUCUCCAGCUCAGCUACGCUGCGAAGUCUAACAGAAGAGAGAUAGGAACAUGUGGAGUGACCUAACACUGUCCCUGGAAAUGAUGCAUAUGGCAUGGGCGAAACAGACAGGGAGGAGAACCACAUUCUGAGAAAUGGUUCUUACUAAGCAGCGUCAUCAUGUUCAUAUUGCCCCAGAUACUACGACCAGGGUCGGUGAAAUCAGUGGCAGCAUUGGCCAGGCUCUCAGCAGCUUACGCUAUCGUAUGGCGUAGAACCGCAGCGACCAUCAAUAGUGGCUUCCGAGAAGAUGCAAGUUCCAUACUAUGGUUGAAAAGAAUGGCAGUAUGCGUAAGUGUUCUGGUCAAAUUACCACCUGUGUGUGACACUUUUUACUUGCAGUGCACCUUUAGCAAGUGUUUGCAUCUAAACGAAUCACUACCAGGACACUUUUUCUUUGCCAUCUUUGGAAGAGUGUCUUAGCCCAUCAUAAAUGUCUAAUCACAUCUAAAAUUGCAUAUCAAAGACGGAACAUGACUGACACUUAUGGUGGAUGACGUUAAGGCAAGUUAUUGACGAUGACGCUGCGGCAUAAUCCUCACUUUCUCCCUAAGGUUGGCAGAGCUGAGGGAAACGUGUUACUAGUUCCAAGUUUUCCCAGUUGUAAGAAGUAACGAAGUAGUGGACUUCAUUACGACUUUUAUAUCUUUCAUGUGAUAUUGUAUAACAUAAUGUAGAUAUUUAAAUAAACACUUUUAAUGAUUGUGUAAAA